UGUCUUUCCAUUUUUCUCUCCUAUAAAUAACACAGCCGCAGUGAGGAACCAAAUAACGGGGAAAAAUAACCUGGUCCUUUUUUUUUUUUGUUCAAAAGCGAAUCCCUAACUCGCAUGCUGUUCGGAUCUUAAUCGUCGAAGAUCCGAUUCAUAUUUAUCUCUGAUCUGAUCCAAAACGAAACCACCCGGCCUCUGAGAAAUGACGCGUCGCUGCUCGCAUUGCAGCCACAACGGGCACAACUCCAGAACCUGCCCGAAUCGUGGUGUCAAGUUGUUCGGAGUUCGGUUGACUGACGGGUUGGUUCGGAAGAGUGCCAGUAUGAGUAACUUAUCCCAAUUCGCCGGGUCCAAUUCUGCCGGGCAUAACGGGAAUGGGUCGGGUUCGCCCGGUGAAGGUCCGGAUCACGCCGAUGGUUAUGCUUCCGAGGAUUUUGUCCCUGGAUCGUCUUCGAGUCGUGAUAGGAAAAAAGGUGUUCCAUGGACUGAAGAGGAGCAUCGGAUGUUUCUACUUGGACUGCAAAAACUUGGGAAAGGUGAUUGGCGUGGAAUCUCUCGCAAUUACGUUAUAUCAAGGACUCCUACUCAAGUGGCUAGCCAUGCUCAGAAAUAUUUCAUCAGGCAGUCCAACGUUUCUAGGAGAAAAAGACGUUCCAGCCUUUUUGAUAUUGUAGCAGAUGAAUCGGGUGACACACCAAUGGUAUCACCGGAUUUGUUCACUGCAAACCACCCACUGGAUGAAACGCAGAGCACUGACCAGUUGCCUAUUCCUCCUCCAUUGGAUGAAGAAGACGAAUCAAUGGAUUCCAACAACUCAAAUGAUGGGGAACCAGUUCCUCAUCCAACAUCGGAGAUCUCCGAACCCUGUUACCCAGUAGUAUAUCCUGCUUACUUCCCACCAUUCUAUCCAUUUUCAUUUCCAUAUUGGAUGGGUUACAACACAGAACCAACCAAGACCGACACGCAUGAAGUGGUGAAGCCAACAGCAGUACAUUCAAAGAGCCCGAUCAACGUGGAUGAGCUGGUGGGCAUGUCGAAACUGAGCUUGGGAGAAUCUAUCGGUGAUAAUGGCCCAUCCUCACUUUCAUUGAAACUUGAUGGUUCAUCCAGACAGUCUGCAUUCCAUGCCAAUCCGUCGUCACGUAAUUCAAGUGGGAGUCCAAUCCAUGCAGUUUAGGCGCCCACCUUUAUGUUCAACUACUACCUUAGGGUUAGCUGAGGGUCUGUAAGCAGUACAGGUUAUUGUUAAUAGAAGAAUAAUCAUGUGCAGUAUGUUCCUUUUUUUUGGUUUAGAUUUAUUUGAAUCUUUUAACUGUUUUCGUAA